CUAACGCAAUAACUCACCCGGAAAUAGAAUGCGGGUCGCCCAUUUGUUUCCGGUUGUGACUUUAAUUUAAUCUUGACCCCCGGCAUGAUUGGGGAGGACUGUUGCUCCUUCUGAAAAUUCUCCGUCUAAUUUUAACAUCUCAGCCUAGGGUGUCUCUCCCUCUCCAAGUGUGGUCCCUCAUGGGCGGCUGGUCUAGCAGUGCUGUGCUGGAGCUGUACCGGGCGCUGCUCCGUGCAGGGCGUCACCUUCAGUACACUGACCGCAACUACUAUCGCCGCGCUGUGGCGCGCGAGUUUCGGCGGUGCAAAACUCUGACUGUACCCGAAGACAAGGAGGAAGCGCUGAAGAGGGGCCAGUUUUUCCUCAGUAGCCGAUUGGGUGGGCUUAUGUAG